GUUAAAACAUACAGAAAAGUUUGCUUUUUAAAAUAAACUUUAAUUAAAAAAAAAAAAGAAGAAAAAUGUUUAAAGUUUCAUUUGUUAUUAUUGGCCUAAUAGUAAACCUAACCUUUGCCAAAUAUUUUGAAGAAUGUCUAGAAGUUGCUGAGGAUACCCUUAUACCAGUAGCCAAUGAUUGUCGUGCUUAUAUCUACUGCAGUGAUGAAGAGCAAUCUUUCAAAGAUACUUGUCCUGAGGAAACUUAUUUUGCUGCCGAAACAGGAGAAUGUCUAAUGGAUUAUGAUAAUAUAUGCCCUAAAGCAACACAUACAAAAGAGGAGGUUACCACCACAAUACCUAUAGAAACAACUCCAGCAACAAUUACCACCUUUCCAACUACCUUAACAACCAUUUAUGAACAUAUUGUUGAUAGACCCUCAAGACCUAAAUGUGCUCGCCACACGAAUUCCUAUUAUCCCCACUUUGAACGCUGUGAAUACUAUUACAAAUGUGUAGCUGGUUAUUUAACCAUUUUAAGGUGUAAUUUCUAUCAAGCCUGGGAUUAUCAAAAAGAAAUGUGUGUUCCUUAUAAUAUAGUCCAGUGUUAUGGUACAGCGAAGCUGAGCAAUUUUAAACCGAAACUGCUGUAGAUAUUUAGGCUAAAACUACAAACUUUAAAAUUAAGUAAAUUAUUUUUAAUGAAGACAAUUUAAUUUAAUAAGAUUUAAAAACUAAGAAUAUUUAAGUAAAAAAAUUUUGUAACUUUUUGGCUGUAGUGCCUCUAGUUUGCCUAGAACAAGGUCUUUUAUGAAAGUGAUCACAGACUAUUAAUUCUAAUUAUUUACAGAAUAAUAUCCUAAGAUCAUAUUUUAAAAAUUUACAAAUGUUUCUUAAUAAUCUCUAGAAUCUUUUCUUGUCAACAAGAUCAUCAUCUGCAUACCCUUUUCAUAA